AUGAGAUGGGCAGCGCAGGAAUCCGUGGAGCUCAUCGAAUCUUGCACGAGUGUGGGGGAUUUGCGGCGUGUCUCGGUCCAGAUUGCUGCUGCCAAGCAAGGAUUUGACUCCGUGUAUGAGGCGAAUUUGCUCAUUCGCAAGUUUGGGAGCUAUGGCAGUGCCGAGGAUGCGCGAUGGGUGUUCGAUCGCAUGGUGGAGAGGGACGAGAUUACGUGGGGCUCGAUGCUGGCGGUGUAUACGCAGAACAGGAGAUUCAAGGACGCCGAGGCGAUGUUUGAUUUGCGUGCCGAGAGAGGUGUGGCGUCGUGGAAUGUCAUGCUGGCCGCAUAUGCCCAAAGAGGGCAUUUGGAGAAAGCCAAGUUUGUGUUUGAAAGGAUGCCAGAGAGGAGCCUUGUUUCUUGGAACUCAAUCCUCACUGCCUACUUACAAAACGGAAGCGUUGACGAGGCGAAGGUGGUGUUUGAUCGGAUGCCGGAGAAAGACGUGGUGUCAUGGAAUGCGCUCCUUGCUGGAUAUGCCCAGAACGGGCAUUUUGGAAGAGCGAAAGAAGUUUUCGAGACUAUGCCUGGCCGGAGACUGAGCUCUUGGAACGCGAUCCUCGCUGCGUCUUCAGAGGAAGGGAUGCUAGUUCUUGCGAAGUCUGUAUUUGAAUCGAUGCCGGAGUGGAAUCUCGUCCUUCGGUUGGCGAAGAGCCUCUUCGAUGUGAUGCCGGAGAGGAACUUGGUGUCUUGGACGGCCAUGCUCGCUGCAUUCGCUCAGAGCAAACGAUACGACAAGGCCAAGGCGUUGUUUGAUUCCAUGCCCGAUCGAAAUGCCAUCUCCUGGAACGUGAUGCUCAACGUCUACUCUUGCAGCGGGAUGCUUGUCGAGGCAAAGUCGCUCUUCUCCGCGAUGGAGGAGAGCAAUCUCAUAUCGUGGAACUUGAUGCUGGCUGCGUACUCGGAGAAUGGAGACCUUGAUCAGGCAAAAGGACUGUUUGAGAGAAUGCCGUGCUGGGACGUGGGAUCCUGGAACUGCUUGCUCGCGGCUUACUCCCACCGCGGCCAGAUCGAGCAGGCAAAGUUUGUGUUUGACACGAUGAAGGCCCGGAACGCUAUAUCGUGGUGCUCGCUUCUGGCUGGCUAUGCCCAGUCUGGGCAUAUCGAAGAGGCCGAGCGCGUGUUUCUAGCGAUGCCCGAGUGGGACAUAGCGGCUUGCAACGCGAUGGUGGCUGCUUGGAUCCACUCAGGAGACUUGGAAGAGGCGAUCUGUUUGCUCCACAGCGUUCCAGCUCGGGAUGUCAUGUCGUGGAACUCGGUGCUCGCGGGGCUUGUGCAGCGCGGAAGCCUCGGAAAGGUGGCGGAGAUGUUUGCGAGAAUGCCCGAGGUGGACUGCGUUUCGCGCAGCACGGUGCUGUCGAUGUGUUGCCAGGCCGGGUAUCUGGAGGAGGGACUUGGAUUGUUUGCGAGAAUGGUGGCGGAUGGGUUUGAUCCGGACGAAGUUGGCGUCAUGAACAUCCUCUCCGGGUGUAGCCAUGCGGGCGAUGUUGCAACCGGCCACAGCUUCUUCGUGUCAAUGAUCCGGGACCAUGAAUUGAAGCCCAGCAAGCAGCACUACAGCUGCGUGAUCGAUCUCCUGGGACGUGCUGGAUACCUGGGCGAUGCAAGGGAGGUGAUUGCAAACAUGCCGUAUGCUCCCGAAGCUCGAGACUGGAGUUGCUUGCUUGGAGCUUGCCGGAACCACAAGCAGGCCGUGAUUGGAGCUUCCGCAGCCAUGAAUGUGUUGAAGCUCAAUCCAGCGAGAUCGUCAUCGUAUGAAUUGCUAGCAGGUGUAGUAACGUGA